GUUGGCUUUUUUUUAUCUGGAGUGAAUUCAAUCAGAGGUUAAGAACUAGCAUGGGUUUAAAAUUUUUAUGUUUCAAUAAAUUAGGCACUGUUAGAUUUCUAAUGAACUUUUAACUGGGCUUCUAAUUGCCCUAAGGUUGAUUGCUAAAGUCUUUUAAAUGUUCAAUCUCGAUAAUAAAUCCAAUGAUUAUUUCUAUUUGAUUUCCUGGAUUGCUUAUUACGCUUUUUAUUUCAAAUUUUGAUCUGCCUUGGUGGAUGCAGAAAAAGCUGCUUAGGGGCUUUGAGUAAUGAUAAUAUAUCUAAGUACAUGUGAUUGUAAAUUCAUCCAAUACAUUUUCUAUUGAUUUGAUUUUUGA